AUGCAAGCGACGGGAUCGCCAAACGAAUACUCCUCUACACCCUUUGGAAUGGCUCCGCAGGGCUACCCGAUGGCUGCAUCUUACCACCCGCAGGAUGGCCCCUCUCAGCUCCCAGGCUCUGUCAUGCAAGAGACGAGAUGCGGGGGAGCUGAUCCUGCGUCGACGGUAGCAAUGGGGAGCGCCGAAACAGAGCCGAAGCGUCGGGUGACGGACCAAAACUGGCUUGCUUUCUUCUCUGCGUUCAUGCUCUUCUGCUUGUUUUUUGUGGUGCUGGCCUUCACUGAGGGAAGCCCGUCGCGGCUCUACAAAGGAAUGAACUACCAAGGGAAGACGUGCGGAGUAGAUCCUGAGGUUCGGGACCUGCCGUAUUUGUACUUUCCCCUCGAUCCUCGAGAGUCCUUCGCCUCCAUCAUGAUAAACGACGGGCGGUGUGUGGCCAAGUGCCCCACUGAGGAGGACGUGGAGAAUGGGCUGACAAUCCCAACACCCAUAAGGGAAACCAGCAUCGAUGCGGCCAGAACUUCCGCAAUUACAGCAGAGUAUCUGCUGCUUUCGCCUGCCUACGCAGCUACCCUCAUGGCAGACGCAUACUGCAUUCCUCUCGAUCCUUCGCUUCGCUCGCAGCUCGUUCCAGCUUUGAACAACACCUCCCGUCAGCUCCAGUUUGCCGUUGGCUCCUUUGUCAACUCCUGGGGCUGUGUCUUUGGAUACUUGUUCCUCGCUGUUUUCGUUUCCCUCGCCUUCUCUGCCUCCAUCAGACUCGCUCCAGGACUCCUGUUCGGCGUUGCAGCUGCUGGGAGCAUUGGCUUGGCUUUCUUGGCAGGGGGAUCCCUCAUAAAGAAUGGUUUCUCUGGUGUACUCGACCAAGACAAAGGCAACUUCUACUCUCUUGAUUACGCACUAGCCAUGUUUGUGGGGUUUGCGCUGCUAGCCGUUGGCUGUUUUCUUCUGGCGGCUCUCGUCGUGGCUCGUCGUGCUGUUGUAACUGCCCUGCGCGUGAUGGAGUGUACAUCGCAGGCUCUUGGAGACAUGCAGCAAGUGUUCCUCACUCCCCUCUUCUUUUCCGCCGCUGGACAGGUCGGAGCGACAGAGGUGAGGAGCGAAGAAGCUUGCCUUCUUGCCUUGUUUGCUGCCGUCAGUGUUGGCAUGCCCAUUAUGCAUCAAGGCAGCCUCACAUAG